AUGCAAUUCAACUUCGUCGCCACUGUUAUGGCUAUGGCAUCUGUCGCUCUCGCUGCCGAGACUGUCACGGUCACGGUCUGUGGGUGUACCUCAACCUCGUCACUCUCUACCUACAAUGGAGGUGCGUCGUCCACUGCUGCGCCAGUUGCGUCCACCGGUGUUGUAACGGCUCCAACUGCCACUGGCAGCCCCAUCACUUACGCCACUGGCGCAGCUUCUCUUAACGGAGUUUCUGCCCUUGGUAUGAUCUUUGCUGGAGGUAUCGCCUUCUUCUUGUAA